AUGGCCGAUAUCGACGAUUAUCUCGAAGAGGGUUUUGACCCGCGCUCUGUUACCGUACCACGCCUACGAUCAAUUCUUGUCACACAUAACAUCGAGUAUCCGGGAACCGCAAAGAAGUCCCAGCUCGUUGAACUAGUGGAACAGCAUGUUUUGCCCCAGGCCCCAAAGCUUCGAGCUCAGCGCGCGCGCGCCAAGAGGUCUAGCAUGGGCAUCGUGAACGCUGGCAGUCCCGAGGAUAACGGUACUUGGGACGAUUAUGAUCUGCCUCCCCCUUCAACGGUGAAGAAACGAUCAAAGUCGCCACGAAAGACAUCAAGUCGCAUUAAGGUUGAGGAUGAUGCUCUUAUGACUCCUGCGCCUAAAAGCCCCACAAAGCGUAGCACUCGAUCAGUAAGCCGCGCGCUUUCGCACACUGACGAGCCCGAUUACUAUGAGGCGCCUCGCUCUGUCCGUCAGCCGCGCAGGUCCGUAACACCGCAGAUUAAGCAAGAACCUGAACCUGAAGAAGACGAAGACGAAGACGAAGAGGAGGAGGAGGAGGAAGCAACAAUUUUACCCGACCACGAAGAGAGUGUUUUUACAUACGAUAAUCCCUUCCAAAGUGGAAGCUCCCCGGCUCAGAACAAAACACCCACCAACCGCCGUCGCACAGCUGGUGAUUCUGUUAGGAGUGUAAAGUCUUCAUCAAGGCUCAGAACAAGCGGUUACAGUGACGACUACGAGGAGUCCUACCAACCUCAAACUCCUAUAUAUCGUGAGCCAACACCGGACUUGCUCGAACCCGGUGAGGAGUUUACACCUAAUGAACAGCUGGAACUUGAGGAAGCUGCAAGUCGAGGCGAGACAGCGGUCGAGCCUCGCAAACCUGCGGGCCAGGUUACCCGUAAAGGCGGUUUCAAGGCUCCUCUCUUGGUGCUAUUUUUGUCACUCUUCGGAGCGUACCUUGCCUGGUAUCGCCAAGAGAAGAUAGCUGUUGGAUACUGCGAGGUUGGUGGACAAGCAAAAUCGCUUGUGUCUCCAGACUUUCCUGUUCCAGACGCUCUCUUGCCUUUCGUUGAGCCCCAAUGCGAACGUUGCCCAGCCCAUGCUUACUGUUACGGAGACUACUCAGUUCGUUGUGAGAGUGGCUUCAUUCUCAAGCCUCACCCUUUGUCUCUUGGUGGUCUGGUCCCUGUCCCACCCACUUGUGAGCCUGAUGGUGAGAAGGCCAGGCGUGUCAAGGCCGUGGCCGAUAAGGCUAUUGAAGAACUCAGAGAACGACGAGCCCAGUAUGAGUGUGGUGAACUUGUUACUGAAGAUGGUCAUAAGGAAGACUCUCCUGCCAUUCCCGAACACGAGCUUAAGAAGACUGUUAGUCGCAAACGCUCCCAUAGACUCAGCGAGGAGGAGUUCGAUGAACUUUGGGCCGCCGCUAUCGGCGAAGUUGCGACAAGGGAAGAGGUCGAGAUUAUUGAGACAGCACCUGCCAUCUUGGGCGUCUUCUAUAUGCGGGCCCGAUACCAGAAGCAUGUAGCUACAAAAGCUCAGAUUCCCGCGUUGGUCGAUACCGUCCUAGGAAGACUUGCCAACCAGAAGGAGCUGGGUGAGGAGGGCAUUGACGACCCGUGGCUGUUUCUACCAAACUUGAGAGAUGACGUUCUCCGAACUGUGCACUCGUUGUCCGAGCGGGAACGCAUCUGGCAGCGAGUCCGAGCUGUGGUAGAACAGAACAGCAACGUCCGAACGAGUCAGCGCGAGGGAAGAAGCGGCGAGGUUGGACGUGCUUGGGAAUGGAUUGGCCCUGUCGCUGGCGAGGGGGCGAGGAGGAGACGAAGUGGCCGAGUGUCGGUCGGUCCUGACUUGCACACAGACUCUCCAGAGGGUUCAAAGGCCACGUCCCAGAUGAAGAAAUGGGAGGAACCAAGGCCUCUCUACUAA